GUCGGCUUGUGAGCUUGUACAGAAGCCGUUGUCACGCAGCACCGCUGCAACUGGUCAGCUAGGCGCUUGUUGGCCUUCAUAAAACUAACAUUCGUCUAUGUACUAACUAUAAACAAACAAAUUGAACUGAACUGAUAUAAUCAGGCUUUGCAGCGCAGCGCCGCAUGCGCGUUUUGGGAUUCCUGUCGUCGCACGCUGGCACUGGCACAGCGGCGGCGCACACGCGCUGGCGAUGGCUUGCACCUCUGGGCAUUCAGGCCAUAAGGCCUGCCUCGGCGAGCGCCGGCGGAAAUGCAGUCAGCUCGGCCACUCCGCAAGCCCCGCCCUGCCCCAUCCAUGCAAACGUGGGGGUCGGCCGGGCCUCCGCCUUGGGCCCGGGCCCUAGCGGCUUCAUGGCGCCAAGUGCUGGCAUUGUUACAGCUAUAAGGGACGGACCUAAUAGCAACAGCAGAUGCAGUACCGUCCGCACGCACGCGACGCGGUCCAAGUCAACAGGGCCCUCUCGGGCUACCAGCUCCGGCCCAGCCACCGCCGCCCCCCCGCGCCGCCGCCGGCGGACCAGCAAUGACACACAGGACGGGGGGCUCACCAGCGAGCAAACACCAACAAACACAGCAGUAGCAGCAGUUGCAGCAACAGCAGCAGCAGCAGCAGGUGCUUCUGCUUCUGCUGCUGCCCCGGCGCUGCCGGUCGCCUUGAACCCCACCUGGCGCACGCCCCCCACCGCGGAGGCAGCUCGCCGUAUCACCCAGGCCGCCUCAGCGAGUGCCGCCUAUUCCGGCAGCUCCGCCGCCGCAGCCGCCGCGGCUGUCGCCGCUGGUCCUUCUUCUGCCGCUUCCGUCGCACGGGGCGGCAGCGCGGCCGCAGCGCGCAGCGCCGCUGCCUCAGCCUUGGCCGCCAACGCUAACACCAGCAGCGGCGCGGCUUCAGCAGCUGCCAUAGCUGCUACAGCCUCCACAGCUCCCGGGAAGCUGCUGCUAGGUGGCGACCUCAGCCGUGCGCUCGCCGCCGCCGGCUCCACCACCGCCCCGCCAUUGCCGCUGCCAAGCAGAGCCGGCCUAUCAGCGCCCAAACACACCGCGUCUGCGGCGGCUGCGGCGGCGGCGGCGGCCUCGGUGCUACCUGCAUCUACGCCUGCGGCGGCCUCGCAGACGCCGCCUACCACUGUCACCAGCUGCGGCACCGGCAGUGGCGCGCCUGCAACCCCUCGUGCAGCCCGCAGCCCCACUGCCGCCGUCUCCGUAUCCAGCGCUGACGCCGCCGCCGCCGCCGCCGCCGCCGCUGCGCCCGCAAGUGCCGCCGCCACAGCCGCGGCCGCCGUGCUGCCCACGCGGCACAUCGUGGCGGCAGUCGAUCCGGAUCUCAACGGCGCGCUCGCGCUCAUCUACUGGGAUGAGGAUCCCAACGACCCAACCACCGCAACCGCCAGCGGCCCCGCCGCCGCAACCACGGAUGCCGCCGCCGCAGCGGCGGCGGCAGCCGCCGCCGCCACCGGCCCCGCGGCGCGCCUGGCGACGCUGGCGGCGGCUGCGCCGCCGGGCAGCGGCGCCGCCGCGGCGGCGGACGAGGCGGCGGCGGCGGCGUUGCUGUGGCUGCCGACGCCGCCGCGGCCUCCGGCGGACGCGUCGCGGUGGCGGGUGUGUGUGUGGGACAUGCCGGUCAGUGCGGCGGAGCGGCAGAAGCGGACCGCCAGCGGGCAGGUGGCGCGGCGGAGGCUGCUCCACGUGGCGGGCGCGCGCGCGGUGCUGUCGGCCGCACUGGCCGCCGCCCUGCCGCCGCCGGGGGAGGCGCGGCCAGUGGCGCUGUACGGCUAUGUGGAGGUGCCGCCCAUCCUGCCCGGCGACGGCAACAUCGCAGCAUACACCAGCCUGUGGAGCACGGGCUCCUGGCUGGGUCUGCUCACAGGCAUGGGCUUCACGGUGGGCUCCACGCCUGUACGGCGCUGGAAGACGGACCUGGGGCUGUACGGCGCAAAGGGCAAGGACGCCAGUUUGGCGCUGGCGAGGGCGCUGUUCCCGGGGCAGCAGCCCAUUCUGAGGCACAAGAAGAACCACGGCCGAGCGGACGCGUUGCUGAUUGCGGCGUGGGCGUUGGGGGCGUGCCUGCCGCGUGGCCUGGGGGCCAGCCUGCGCCGCAACGGCAUCACGCUGGACCAGCUGCUGCAGCAGCAGCCCGGGACCACGGUGGGCCUGGUGUGGGGCCCGCCGCGGCCGCCCGCCCCAACUGACGCCUACGGCAACCUGCUGACACCGGAGCAGGACAUGUGGGACGAGAUUGAGGCGGCUGAGACCAAGGUGGAGCGCAAGGCCCAGGCCCGCUCCUCCACAGCGAGGCGGCGGAAGACCGCCGGCACACAGGAGGAGCCGGAGGCGCAGGCGGAGGAGGAGCAGGCGGAGGCGGGGACAGGCGUGGUGGCGGCAGCGGCAGGAGCAGCAGCACCCAAGCGGCGGCGGGCGAAGAAGGCAGCUGUAGAGUCGGGAUCGGAGGCGGCGGUUGCGGAGGUGGCGGCUGGUCCGCAAGAGGAGGGCAGCGAGGGCGAGGUGGCAGGGCAGGGUGGCAGGGCUUGCAGGAGCAAAAGCAGGAGCAAAAGCAGUGGCAAGAGCAGCAGCAAGGCGGAGGCGGGUGGUGCCGGCAGCGGACGGAGAAGGGCAGCCAGUGUUGGCAGUAGCAGCGUUGGCAGUAGCAGUGUUGGCAGCAGCAGUGGUGGUGGUGGUGGUGGUGGCGGUGGGGUGAAGGCUCCAGGCGCCAGCAGGCGCAGGGGUGGUGCCAAGGCUGGUAGUGACGGCGGCGUCAGCGGCAGCGAGAGUGAGUAGCUAUCUAGCAGCGCAGGGCAUAGGGCGGUGUGCGCGCGGCAGGCCUUGCGCGGCAGCAGCCAUCAGUAGCGGUCCUGGCGUGCAUGCCUUGCUGCUUGCAACGUCACCCACUGGGGUGUGAGAGGAUACACGGCACCUAUGCUGUCGCCGGUAGGGUGCAACUAAGAGCUCUUUUCGUCCGGGGAACACUUGUCGUCCGGUACUGUACUGCACUGUGCGCGACUGCCGAUGACUGCCGAUGAGAGGCAUCAGAUGGAAUGAGUGCCGUGUCGGGCGAUAUGGAAUGAAGGAUGCCGUAUCCAUGGAUGAACCAGACUGCAAAUAGGACGCUGCGGUAACGGACUCCGGACCUCGACCCGUUAGUGCCGCGGUGCAGACGGAGAACCCCUGCACAAGUGCCGCAUGGCGCACUGUCGUUGCACUCCGUGUGAAGCAGGGCAGUCGGCAAAAGACACAAUUGGCU